UAUUAAUUCCACGAAUAAAUCGACAAAUGAACAAUGACUCUUUACCUCCCUUCCAGGCGUGUGUUGGAGGCUCUGCUAUAUUUUCGGAAAAAUUGAAACACUAUCUCGAUGGAAUUCAUAGGGCCGACUCGAUCGCGUGGAAUCCUCACAAGAUGCUGUGCGUUCCUCUGCAGUGUUCCGUGUUCCUCACUCGCCACCAGGGUCUCCUCCACGAGUGUCACUCCACGCGGGCGACUUACCUCUUCCAGCAAGACAAGUUCUACGACGUAAGCUACGACGUGGGUGACAAGAACUUCCAGUGCGGCAGAAAAGUGGAUGUGUUCAAGCUGUACUUCAUCCUCAGUGUCCAUGGCCUGGAUGAGAUCGCGAGGAGGAUCGAGGCGGCCUUCGAUGCUGCUGCGUACCUCAGCGAGCAGGUAGCCCUCCGGCCCAGUUUCCGACAGGUGAUCCCAGCCGCCCAGUGCGCCAACACCUGCUUCUGGUUCGUCCCGGAAAGCCUUAGGGACCAGAGAGAGACGCCGGACUGGUGGGAGAAGCUGGGGAAGGUCGCGCCACGUGUCAAGACGCGAAUGGUCCAAUCAGGCACUCUCAUGGUCGGCUAUCAACCAAUAGAGAACAAGAAUCUCGUGAAUUUUUUCCGCAUGACCAACACCUGCGUGCCUGUUCCCACGCCAGCUGACAUGGAUUUCGUUCUGGAUGAGAUUGAACGGUUAGGAAAAGAUUUGUAGAAGGACAGAUGAUUCGACUUUUAGGACUGUUUUGAAAUUGUAUCUGUUGUCUCGUAAUGUACACACACACUCACACACACACACAGACGCACACACACACACACACACACACACACACACACACACACACACACACACACACACACACACACACAC